AUGCGCCAACCGCCACCCAACACAGUCCCCCCCCCACAAUGCGCCACAGAUCAGCGUGAACGAAACCCAACUGUGAGUGGUGGCCAACUUCCCGUACCUGGGCAGUACUCUCUCCGACAGGACAAAAAUCGACGACGGUCGCCCGCAGGAUUUCGAACGGCCUCCAACUUGUCCACGGUGUCAACGGACAUUCUGGGCGCCAAGUGGACUUGUUGGACACCUUCGAAUCAACUACACCAUUCGGAACGCACCAACCGUCGCCUCUCCGUCCACCACUUCUCGCCUCCUACACCGACAACUAACUCUGGACGCCCCUCUAAACCACUACUUCCAUCCUUCUCCUCCUCCUCCUCCUCCUCCUCCUCCUCCUCCUCUUCCUCCUCCUCCUUCACCACCCCAACGUCCGUCGUUGUGGUUUCUGACAUGCAUAUCAACACCACACACUAUUCUGACACACCAACAAACCCCAACACCACCAGUGGAGAGGAACAGGACUACACAUGUCCUCACUGCGACCCCGUCUUCACCUCCCACAUCGGCCUGGUCGGUUGCUUGCGAAUCCAUCGCACAGAGACUGACGAACCAGUGCCUAAAGCACCAGCCUACACCCGCCGCAUCCGUCUCCACUUUCCACACAGCCCUCGCAUAUUCAUGCACCGCAUGGGUCUAUUCUGCCACAUGCGCAUCCACUAA